UUUAAUUCAAUACAACGUUUUCAUAUGACGUCAAGGCGCCUACUUUGGUUUUCCUUAACAAUGAAACGGUGGCCAUGUUGGUCUUCCAAGCCAGUCCUGUGGGAGUUGAACCCUUUCUUAUGUAAGCUCUCUCUUUUCUUCUAAUGAAGUUGCGUAAAUGCUCCCACAGGACUGGCUUGGAGGACCAACAUGGCCGCUGUUUCAUUGUUUAGGAACACCACAAUGGCCGACGUGACGUCAUUUAAAAACGUUCUAUUGCAUUAUGGGGAACGUGAAAGUCGCCGAUACCUAUACUAUUUCUCUUUUGUAAACGGUCGUUGCCACUUGCACAUGGCAGCGAUCGUUUACAAAAGGGGCAACUGCGUCGUCGAUUCUCGACAAAUAGGCCACUUGCACUAAGAAGUCACGUGACCAAUGCUUCCUUUAAACAAUGACUUGGAAUCUUGCUGAUGCCAAAAAUUGACAGAGCACAUAAAAAUUAUCUUACACGCAAAAUUUGAGAGGAAACGCAUUUAAGGGAGAUAUCUUAUGGCACUUUGAUUUUUCAACAAAGUAGUAUGAUUUGUAUUGGCCGCCGUGUUGGAGGGCAUACUCUUGCCCUCCAACAUGGCGGGCAAAACUUCUCUCUGCUUAUAUCUUGUUAAACGUUUGAUAGUUACCCGCAGAUGUGCUGUAAACGUUACCACAUCAUCUUUUCAACAUUUUCCUUGAAGUUUAAGAGCAAGAUUUGUCAGUGUUCAGAAAGAGAUAAUUCAUAAUUUCAAAAAAUCACAUUUUGGUCACUUGACCAUUUACGAACUUACUCAUUUUAAGAAAAUAGUGGGGGUUUGAAAACCAAAUCACUAUUACUUUGCUAAGAUAUGACCCACUAAUGGUUUUUCGAAAGCAAACUCAUAUAACUUUCACUUUCAUUAAAAAAGAUGUCACGUGACCUCUUAGUGCAAAUGGCCUAUUUGAGAGCAGAGUAGAUCUAGCAAUUGUGGAAAACAUUUUGUCUCCUACACUUUCUUUAAUGUUAUAUAUGCAAAUGUUUAUGUUUUGUUUUUGUUCUCACGGCUUUUAACAAUUGUUUGGUUCCAAGCAAGUGUUUUAAUUUGUCUUUGUAUUUAUUGAACAAAAAGUGGACGCUGGCGAUUGUCUGGGAGCUCAUAAUGCUAAGCGUGCUCUUCAUGGAGCACAGCCUUUGACCUGGAGCUCAACACUUGCUCAGGAGGCUAAGGAGUGGGCUGAAACACUGAUAGAAAACGGAAAGUUUGAACACGAUAACACUGAUGAUGGGGAAAAUCUGUUUGGAGGGACGGCCUCAGAACAUUACACAUGUGUUGACGCCGUGAAAUCCUGGUAGGUGGUUUACGAUAGUCAGACUCUCUCUCUUUUGACUCAUUAUCAAGCCCCGUGCAAACAUUGUUGGUUAACAAAUCCCAACAUUGUUGGGCCAACAAUGUUCUUAGUUGUUGCCGGCGUACGUCUGCACGUCAGAGCCUUAAGCCAUUUCAGAGUUGCAAAACCUCCACUUUCAAUGCCAAGGUUUGCGAAACGUUUUAUGUGAAAAAUAAUGAGUUUUAUAUGAGAAAAUUAAUAAUUGUGAAAACAAAGACUUUCCAUUAACCUUCCCUUUGAGGAGCAGUUUUCGGGCAACUCGGGGAUGAGUGGCUAUUAGGAGCUAGGGAAGAUUGUCACUGUCGCGUAAUUUUUACGUGCGUACGCGAAUGAAAUUUACUUGCAUAAAUAAAACAGCUGAGGCGAUGUAUGAAACGCCGCGCGUAAACGUAAAAGCUAAGCGAUAUGUUUACGCGUGACCUGCCAUACAUUGCCUCUAUUUUAUUUACGCGCGUAAAACAACGUGCGCACACAGGUAAAAAUUAUGCCACGGCGGAAAUCCACCUUUAUACAUUAAAACGAUCCUCGCAGACCUACACCAUUUACAGGAGUUUGAAGUAGAAUUCCUUGAUAAUGAACCGAUCUAGCAACUUCCACGUAACAGGUUUGAUUAAGUAGCACAAAACAACAAUUCUGCAGCUACAAUCUGAAUAUGAUCUGAACUCCUGGUUCAGAUCAUACCUGACUGAUCGGAAGCAAACUACGGAAGUUAAUAAUGUUGUGUCUGAGGCUGAAACGACCUUGUGCGGCGUGCCACAAGGCUCAGUCCUCGGACCACUCUUAUUCCUACUGUACAUCAAUGAUAUUUACAAGUCCUCUUCGUUAUUUGCCUUUUAUCUGUUUGCUGACGAUACUAGUAUAAUACUUGCAAAUAACAACCUAAAGGAACUCGAAACACUUGUUAAUCGCGAGCUUGGCAACGUCAACGAAUGGCUAAAGGCCAACAAACUGUCCUUGAACAUAAAAAAAUCAAAUUUUGUAAUCUUUCGUCCCCGACAAAAGAAUAUGCCCUUCAUACCUAGGAUUAGAAUUUUUUUGACUCCGUGACUAACACCUACGCAAACCUUGAAAUGAAAGAUUAUGUAAAAUACCUUGGCUUAAUGAUUGAUUCAAAUCUUUCAUGGAAAUACCACAUCGAAUCUGUCUGUCACAAAAUCAGCAAGUCGAUAGGAAUUAUAGCUAAAAUUCGACAUUAUGUCCCGCGUCGUGUUUUACUUUCAGUUUACAACUCAUUAAUUGUCCCUUACUUGACUUAAGGUAUUUGUGGUUGGGGAAAUUGUGCCUUGACAUUUCAACGAAAGAUCGUAACUCUACAAAAACGGGCCUUACGUCUCAUUUACUUCAGUAAGUCUAAGGAACACGCCGUACCCUUCUUUCUCAAAUCAAAUUGCCUUCUCCUGCCUAGCAUAUUUUUCAGAGAUUGUAGCUAUUUAUUGUAUGAUAUCAACAGACAGACAGCACCAGUUAGUAUUCUCAAUCAGUUCGUUAAAACAAGUCAGAUUCAUAACUACAGAACAAGAUCUGUCUCUAGCGACUCGUUUUAUGUUAAGUUCCCUAGAACCGAUAAAAUGUAUGCCUUUUUCACGAGAAUCGGUGCCCAAAUUUGGAACUCUAUUCCGUAUUCGAUUAAAAUACUUAAACGUUCGUCCUUUCGUAAAAAAAUAAAGGAAUUAUUACUAAAUUUUUUGCGGUCAGAAGAUGAUUAUGUCGAAGUCUCCCGUCUUAUUAAGUUAUUUAAUACUUUAGUUAACCUCUCUUCGUAAUCGUUAUGUACAUGCCUUGUUUUUUGUUUUUUGUUUUAUGUUAGUUUAAACUCUAUUUACUGUAUUGUAGUGUCUUCACUGUUAUUUAGUCCAUCUAUAUAUAAUUCUUGUUUUGUAAUAUGUCUUCAGCUCCCCCCGCCUCGAUUAGUUCAUAAGCUAUUUGCGGGUGGGAAAGUAAUGUAAUUAGUUAUUUUCCAAUUUUCAAUAAAAUUUGUUGUUGUUGUUGUUGUUGUAGCUACUUUUCCUCUCCGUCCUUAACAUCACACGUCAUCUGCACUGUGCCCAUACUACUAGAGGCACAGAACCCCGGGAUACGGCCACCACUAUAAAUGCCGGCAAUCGGCGUUGCUGUUAGGGAGUUUAUUUAAGGCUAUGUUCAUACUAUACCGCAUACCUUUUCGCGUCGACACGAAAAACUUUCCGGUAUACUAUCAACACCUGUUCUGCUUGCAGCCCGCCUUUUCUCUCAAAAUCCGUCUAGGUCUUAUCUCAGCCAGCACGAUUGCAAACCACGACGUUAUGUUACAAUAGAACGUGAUAAUAAAAAAAACAAGCUUUCAAAACGUUCUUCUUUGAGCUGGUACUGAAAUGGUUACAAGCACAAGAUGAGGCGCCUCCCCUUUUGUUGCACAAAUUUAGUGACGUUAUCAACAUUGACAUCUUUGUGUUUAUGUAUAAUGUAAAAUCGCCAAGGAUGAAAGUCGCUCAUCUGUCAUCGUAUUACGUAGAGAAGUAUUUAUUCUUUUCCCCAGUCUCACUCCUUUUUUGCAUGAAUACAAAAUGUAUUGUCACGACACUACAAAUGUCUUUUACUUAUAACAAAAAGCCUUUAAAAAAAUCCUACUAAUUUCUCAAGUACGCACGUGCGUAUUUGCGUAAAGGACGCUACGCCAGUGGCUAAGUGUUAUAAGCCUCGGCCUUCGGCUCGGCUGAUUACCCCGACCUUGAUUAUUCCUGAUAUCAAGUUCAAUCAAGUUCAAGUUCUAGUUCAAGUUUAUUUAUUAAUUACGGAUAUGUCUAGUCGAUUUUUUGAAAACCAACCUAACGAAAUUUGCAGUCAUUUGCGUGACAAAGCGUCAAAAGGCACGUUUCUUAAGCCCGAGAAGCUCCAAAAUCAUAGUAACGAAGAAAAAGGAAAGGAGAAAAAGAAAGAGCGAGGAGAAGGAAAGGAGGAGAAGAAAGAAAAAAGCAGUGGUUGCACUCUUAGUUUUAGGCCAGAAAAAACUGUUGGACGCAAAAGGUCUACUUGGCGAUAACGUUAUCAAAAAUCCGGCUAGUUAUAAUAUAUAAAAAACUAUUACAAUCAAAUCUGACUGACCUGCAGGUAACUAAAACUAAUCGAGGCGGGUCAGUCUCCAAGUUUUAAAAUAUUACAGAUUUCAAAAAAAGAGAUUACGUAUUUUGUCACCGGUACGUUUUACAGCCGUUUCGCCUAAAGAUAAGACCAUAGGGCUGGUUAAGUGAGGUGUUAUCAGUGCAUUGUAAAUGUUCACAAAAACAGAAGAAAAUACAAAUUGUCUUAGCUUAGAUAGCAUACCAAUCGCUUUACUUAUCUUGGUGGCAACUGUGACAAUAUGUGUUCUCUAGGAAAGAUUCUCAUUUAUUAAGACUCCUAAAUAUUUCAUGCAAUCUUUUCCCUCAAGAUUUCCACUUUUAUUGGUUUCAUUAUCAUAAAUAGAAAUUCGAGGGGGAUUAUUUUUUGUUGUUGUUGAUAGGACCGAAAAAUGACAUAAUUAUAUUUUUUAGCAUUUAAUGUUAACUUCUUUGCGUUGAGCCAAUCGUAUAAUUUUUGUAAUUAAAUAUUUACUAUGAUUUACUGUCAAUUCAAUGGAUUUCAAGUUUUUGUCAGCGUAAAGGAUGUUAGUAUCAUCCGCAAAAAGAAGGAAAUUAAAUUUUUUAGAGCAAAAAUGAACAUCAUUUAUGUAAAGUAUGACAAAAACCGAAACUAAUAAUUGUUUUAUAAUACAUUGUUUUGAACUAAAUAACGACAAACUCGGCACCGUCCGGCCGUCGCACGGAACCGAUUUGACAUUGCUCAGGCUUGAAAAUCAUGCAUUGCACGCGCAACCUACAGAUUAGUGAGUUAUCUGCUGGCAGAUAACUAUCUAAUCCGUAGGUUGCGCUGAUUUCCAAAAUUAGCUGUAAGAUAUUAGCCAAUGAGAAGAUAGAUAGUGAGUACAAUGUGUAAUACACAAAGUAAUGUGCUGAAAGUGUAAAGUUGUUGUUUUGCCUAAUAAAUCUCGUUACUCCUUUGACGUUUCGUUACCGUCGCCUUCGUGGCAUGGAGGAAGAAAGAUCCUAGCGCCAAGAAGAUUCUAGAAGUCGGAACAACUUUUCGCUAGGUUUACAUGCAGAAAUUUCGGUUCGUUUUGUUGAUAGAUGGCGGACGAAAAUAACAAACAUGUAAUUUAUUAAUACUAUAUAUACCAUCCUAACCUAUUCCCAAAACUGCUUUGAUUUUUUGUGCAGGUAUAGCGAAGAGCCUGACUACCCUUACAACAACCCACCAACUACAAGAGAAGAGUUUAAUGUCACCCCGCAGUUUGGUCACUUCACACAGGUUUGCGGUUUUUCUUUAUUAAUUGCAGUUCUUGCUAAUCUUCCCUCUUUUGAAACACAUUAAAAAUUGGGUCUUAUGAUAAUUAUUGAUUUUCGAAAAGUGUUACCUUAUUAGGUAGGAUUGAUACAAGCUGCUGCACAAGCGCCAACGGGUGCAGAAUGCUCGACGCUUUGAUCACAUCACUCCCUCCCAAUUUAGCCUCCACUGGCUGCUAAUUCGCCACUUUAGAAACGAAAAGGGACCUGGGGCGAGUCAACUUUUUCAAAGGGAAAAACAGCCAAUAGCUGACCGGCUCGUCACCAGUAGCGAUCCCAGAAACAAUUGGGGCAAGCAUUUCGGCUCCAGUUCUCUUCUCGUUUCUAAAGUGGCGAGGAAGAAUAAGACACAGAAUCCAGUUUAAAAAUCUUACUUAUCACCUAUAAAGCCUUAAAUGGACUUGCUCCUGCAUCUAUACUGAACAAAACAGUUAAAAAAAAAAAAACUAAAUCUCUAAAUACAACCUAGAGUCUCCUGAUGACAAACUCCUACUUCAGCAUCCCAACUCUCGCUACUCCGGUGGUGACCGUUCAUUUACCGCCAUGGCACCAAAAAUAUGGGACGAUCUACCAGGGGUUAUCCGCAAUGCCAUAAAUGUUGUCGCCGUUAGACGCCUACUGAAAACUCAUCCAUUCAGCUAAGGAGGCACAUCGCUGUUAGAAGAUUAAACUUAUUUUAAAAAAACCGAGUACCCUUUGUACCUCCGUGGGUUAAAUAUAUAUAUAUAUAAUAUAUAUAUAUAUAUAUUAUUUUUUGCAAAUGCGUUUUUUGCUUUGUUUCUUUCUUUCUUUGCUAUAGAUUGUUUGGAAGGGUACUCAUCAGGUUGGUGCGGCUCUUGCAACAAAGAAAUUAGAAUAUGGUUACAUUAAAACCAUAGUAGUGGCCCGUUAUUCCCCGCCAGGAAACAUCCUGGGACAAUUUCCUAAUAACGUGUUACCUAAACAGUGAGGAGGUACUGAAAAGUAAGUUUGCUUCGUCCAGAUUAAUUCAAAACAAAGAAUUCAAAUAGUUUGAGGAUUUAUCUUUUUGACCAUUUUUACAGUUUGGUACCCACGCUACGAAGGGAGAGAAACCACUGCGAGCAUCCAUCUGCUUCUUUGAUCGAGCCGCCGUCCAGGGCUGUGGACGAAUAAAUUAACUUUAAACAUGUAAAUCCUGUUUGAAAGCAAGUUUAGGUUCUGGCGCAUUUGCUUACGCUUACAAUUGCUGCCUUAACGCGAGCCUGCUGUGGAUAUUCAGUAUUUCUUUGGAUUAUUUAUUCCUAUGUACUUACUUGUCAAAUGUAGGCGAACCCAAAUGGAGUUGAAUUCCAAGGGACCAUAUCCAAGUUCAAGAGCGAAAAGAAGAAUAAAUUUCGUCGUUGCUUGUUUACGUUAUCCAUAAAACGCAAAAUUAGGCAUCUUCACGUCGUAGUCGUGCAAAAACGGCAAAGAAAUGCAAAAAUAAAAGCAUGAUGCGCGUGCAAACUUGUUGUUUUGCUCAUUAAACCUAUUGUUUUGUUGAAGUUCUCGUUGCCGUCUUGUCGUUGGAUAUUCGUAGUCAUCACAUGAACGCGCAUGCGCAAUGGAAAAGCAAACGGUUGCUCGCAGUGGUUUCUUUCCCAUCAAAGCGUAGCGUCCGGCCUGGAGAAACCUUUGCUCGCAGGGUAACAGUUCGGGGACCUUAGUCAGCACUUGAUACUGGUUAGCGGUUAUUUUUUAGUUCGUGCCGCGCGUCAUGCCCUUUAAUUGAGCAAUUUAACCAGCAUCAGAAGCAAGCGCAACGAUAUAGAGCGGCCUUCCUCACAGCGCCUAGGAAAAGGAGGCGGUCUCUUUUCCUUUGAGAUUUUUUUUAAUAGGCUAGCUUGACAAUCCUUAAAAUUUGAUGACCUGAAACUGAAGCUAGGUACUGUUUUGCAAUGAAAGAUUAUUAUAAGAAUCACCUUUGCGGUAAACAGCAAACGUGAGUGAUCCAAUUAGAAGUACAAGUUUUCAGGCUUUGGUUUCAUCAGUUCUUCGGCUUCAAUUGGUCUUAGUUUUAGCUCAGAAAUCCUUGCUUGGCACAGGAACAGUUGACUCGAAUGUAAUGAUAAUUAAUAAAUUUAUUUUAAAUAUAAUCAACUCUUAUUUAACGAACACCUCUAUAAUCUAUAAGACGGACACCUUGCUAAAACGUUACGAACAUUUAGAGUUAGUCCCUGCCUUUCGCAUUACUCCUUUUAGGUGUCUCUUUAUAAGGCGUUCAUCUCUCUUAAAGACAAACACAUAGUAACCACCCCAAAGGUGUCCGUCCUAGAAGGAGUUGAUUGUAUUGACAUUGGUCUUUUAAAACUAAAUGCUUUUUAUUAUUAUUAUUAUUUCAUGCAGAUCAAGCAGUUUCCAAGGCUGUCGUUGAUUACUUGUAGUGGAGGAGAUUUCAAACCAUUAAUAAAAGGGAUUCAUUAAAAUAUCAUGGUUAUUUCC